CACACGAUAGCACAACACGCGACGCGCCGUGGUAAAGCAUUGGUGUGACUUUGAUGGUGAGGCGCUACGAAUAGCGCGACUAGCGCUUUUGCUAUACCACACGAAGGAAUUUCGUCCGCUCUGACCCGCCGCGCUACCUCUGCCGCUGCGAGCUACAAUACCACCCGCCCCGAGCCGCCCCCUGGAGCAAUCGACUCAGCCGGACUUCAGCAAAACUGGGAUUUGGCAGCAUUGAAAUACAUGGAUCUAUUAUGCCUUCAUCAGAAAGCAGUCAACAGUCUAGGCAAAAGUUCUGGUGACACACACGACAGAAAGGUGUACGAUUUUUUAAGAGCUCCUAGGUUCGAGUACGUACGUUGUUUCCAAGACCAGGCCGAUGGCAACAUGAUGUCGAUGAAGAAGGUUAUGGAGACUCUCAAUUCCCCCUCGGGCAACGAUGAGCUCCUUCAUAAGACACAAGCGGCCUGCGACGAGGUCAGUCUUGAUCAGAACAGCGAAAAUCCGUACCUACGACUACCAUCCAAAGACAUAAUCGAUAGGUUUGCCGAACCCGCAAAAGUUCUUCCCGUAUCGAAGCGCUACUGUCCGGCAUGCUAUGCGCUUAUGCAGUAGGUUAAUGAGAACGCCAACGAAAAGAUUCUAUAUCCUGGAUACCAUGAGAACUGGUUCACGGCAGCCCUACCUCCUUGGCUUCCGCGAAAGGCUGGUAUGGCCGUUAUCAAGGCUGCUGAGACAAAGCUCGUGGAGAGGGUUGAGGAAUAUCUGAGAUCCGGCACUCCGAUUUCCAAUUCUAUCACAGGAACAUCACCCAUCACAUCUCACCGCGAAGUUGAUUUCGAGAGUUUUGGUCCUAAUGGCGUUCGAAUACCUGCGAACAAAAGGAAGCGCAGGAAGUUGGAAGAGGAACCAGAUGCUUCGAGUCCGACCAAGAGGCGUUAGGGGAUGUAGUUGUCAAGGAUGGCCAUGCAACAGCAAAGGGAUGUGGAGCUUGCAGAGAAAAAAGACUAAAGGUCUACGUAAAUUAGAAGGUCAAUAUCUUCAUAACUGGCCUGGACGAGGGACUCUUGUCUAACAAUCUCGUAUAGUAGACCCAUAACUUCCUGUUA